CUAUUUAAUGGACUCGGUAAUCAGCCUAAUAAUUAUAACACAACAACAGCGCCCUCUGGUGUUCGCCUGAAAGAAAUUCAGUAAUGAGAUGGAGAAGAUGUGAUCAAUAUAAAGUUGUUUAUCUUCAAUGUUGGUCUCAGUAUUGUCAUUUGACGAACUGUGACUAGCCUAUAUGCGCUUAAUUUCUUGCGCGCGGGAGUCGACGAUUUUUUUUCAAAUGUUUGAUAACGUUACGGAUUCGACACGUCACGACCUCGGCAGCUAUUUCUGAAAGUGCCGUUACAUUUGGUUCACUACAACGUCACCAACUGGGCAGAAAUACGACAUGGGUGACAGGAAACAGUCUAGAGUAAGCAUUUCCCAAAAAUAUAUUAUCUUAACGUCAGAUGUUGUAUUUUUGAAGGCACUAUAAUAAAAUCGUGGUGGGCAGAAUCGGGUAAAUUAAGGUAAAUGCGUCAUAAAAAUCUCCUGUACAGUUGUCCGACGAUCACUCACUGCAUAAUUGUUCAUUUUUAAAAAAAUAUAUAAUAGCUUUAAUUGUAUACAUUGAGCUAAGGUGAUGUCUAAAAUGCUUGUAGGUAGGUUUAGACUAAAGAUGACGAAAUGACUAGUGUCGUGGGACAGUUUUUGUUCCUUUGUAGGAUGAUUUGGACAACGACUCUGGGCGUGAAUUGUUUGACCUCUUCCUCUGCUUUCUUACAACAACCUGUGGUGUCAGCAAUUUCAUAAUCAUUCUCAUUCAAACGGUUGCAGGACUUUCUGAGAAACAGGCGUUUGCAUUAUUUGUAAGUGAGCAGAUUAUUUUGACAAUCUUCAUAUUGGAAAUUCUGGUCAAGUGGAAUAAUGGGUUCAAGAUGUUUUGGAAGAGCUGGUGGAACAUUGUAGGCUUUGUGAUCACUCUAACUCUCAUCGCGGGAAACAGGAUAACCAGUAAUCCCAUAGCUCAGAUUAUUUGCAAGGUGCUACGUAUGGUCCAUAUCAACAGAUGCUUCGCAUUCUCACAAGAUGCAAUAACGAUGGCUCAGGUCUUCAGGGAAUUCAUUAAAGACACCUUCAUGAUCGUAUUCCCCUUUUUGGUCUUCAUGCUGGUAUACAUUUUAUGGCGAAUACAUACAGUACAUAUGCACACAAUUUUUAUGCAGUGCUCGCUUGUUUGACAUUGGUGGCUGUUCUUUGAUUCUGUUAUCAGGGGUUUGCAACAUUUGGUGUACACUACUUCAGUUCUGUUCCAUCAGUGUUUGGGAAUUUAGAAUCUGCCUUCUACACUUUGUUUGUUUGUGUGACCGAAGAUGGAUGGCUCGACAUCUACAACAAGUUUAAGGAUUGAGGUUCUGUUCAUGAAUAACUUGACAAUGUCAUGGCGGGACACAUGGGACAAAGAAAGUCCGGCAGACUCGGAGGAUCUUAGCACCAUCUUCAAGGAUCAGAAUGAUGUCGAUCAGAGGUUUUUGGAGACUUGGUACCCAAAGAAUCUGACUCCUGAAACCUAUGAUGAUAUAGUCCGUGUCAUGUUAGAAAAGGACCUUAAGGAACCUUAUGAAAUUCAGCGAGAGCUAGAAGGGAUUCUGGAGGUGGUUCAUAACCACCCUGCAAACAACAUGCACGAUUACAGGCCUGAAAAUAAGAACUUUACCCUAGAAGAGACAAUAAUUGACAAGGAGCUUGCCACUGGAGACAUUCUGACCGCUCUCCUCCACCUGGACCAGGCAAACCUUCUGGACACCCGCACGACUACACCAAACCUGAACGAAGGCAUGGCAUUACAUUUAGAAGCUUCAUUGCCAGUUUAUGGGGUUUAAAAUUCUCAAUCACAUUGGGU